GUUCGACUAACUGGUGGAUCGUUGGUGUCUCGGGUGUCUGUAGGUGUUGAUUCACAGGUGCUGCAUUUUGGCUCAUCUUUUAAAGUUUGUCUGUAAUUGCAUUUGUUUGCUUUAGAAGCUCGAACUCCGCUUUUCAUUUACAGUAGCACAUUUACAUAUAAUGCACUGUAUUAUGGUCGUGUCUUCUUGAAACAUUUAAACAAAAACAAACAAACAAAAAUCUCACUUUUACUUUUUUUUCCCAGUAUGCAGUCAGCUCCCUCUCCCUCCCUGCCUGCCUUCUUUCGCUGUUUCUCGGUUGUCUGUUUUCUACAAGUGGGCUAAGGGAAGUGUUGAGGGGGCGGAUAGUCUUGAUUUUCUCUACAUCGUGCUUAGCCAAUAACUGCUGUGCACAUCUCAGCUGGCAGACAUUUAAAAGGGAGACAGUCCGGCGCUGUAGCAAUUUGUAUUAAACCCCCUGGCCCCUGUCUAUGGAGCGCUUAGUCUCCCACCCAUCCACAGUCCCACCAGAGCACAGUCGACAGCAGUAGGUACCUAUCAUCUCGGAAGGUGCCGCAGAGAAGCUCGAGGACCAGAUCAUCGCACUUGUAGCAGCAGUCUUGCAUAGCAGGAUGGCCAACUCCACGCGUAUCUUCUACAGUAUGGUUUUCAUCAUUGGGCUGCUCUCCUCUCCGGUGGAUUCAAAAAGAAACAGAGGUUCACAAGGCGCCAUUCCUCAUCCUGACAAAAGCAACCCAAACGAAUCGGAGCAGCAACCGCAGACUCCGCAGGCGGGCUCGGGCUCCCGCCAGAGGCCGGGCUCAUCCUCACCUGCCGACGAAGUGCUGGAGUCCAGCCAGGAAGCUCUACAUGUGACGGAGCGCCAGUAUUUGAAACGGGACUGGUGCAAAACACAACCGCUCAAACAGACCAUCCACGAGGAGGGCUGCGUCAGCCGCACCAUCAUCAACCGCUUCUGUUACGGACAGUGCAACUCCUUCUACAUCCCCAGGCACAUCCGGCGGGAGGAGGGCGCCUUCCAGUCCUGUUCGUUUUGUAAACCGAAGCGUUUUACCACCAUGACUUUCACAUUGAACUGUCCGGACCAGCAGCCGCCCACCAAGAAGAAGCGCAUCCAGCGCGUCAAACAGUGCCGCUGCAUAUCCAUAGACCUGGACUAAAACACAGCAAUUAUGUGUGUGUGUUUCAUGUCUUCUCCUUUUUCUUCUCCUUCUUCUUCUUAGUGGACUUGAUAGCUGUCUCACAGCCAAGAAAUUGUGCUUGUCUCCAUCUGGAGAUAAGCACCGCACACGCUGAUACUUACGUUUCUCCUGUACAGCACGUGAGUCAAUAUGGACAUGCAACUUAAAACAAAACAAAAAACGUAAAAAGCAACUUGUUACACAUCACCAGACUCAAAAAAAGAAAAAAGAUCACUGCACGGAAACUCUGACUUGGAAUGGGCAUGCUUUACGCACGGCUUCCUCGCCCCCACAGGACUGCAGAACACCGGUUUUAUUUAACUGCUCCAAAACAGUCGUUGUGACUGUUAAACGUCUCCGUCCAUCCUGCAUUUUACGCAUAUGUGUUUGCUAAACAGGAUGUUUCCACUGUGUGGAAUUUGAUAGGCGAAUGACUUUAUUUGUAAAAGGAGAAAAAAUGAUUUUAUUUCGAUAUUUCAAGAAUCGUUCAAGGUUAACCUAAUUGAUUUCUGUGAAUUUCGAAGUCCAUUAGUGAAGUUCUCUUUCUAUUUUUUUUUUUUUUUUUUUUUUUUUUGGGAAGUUGUGAGCUUAUUCAAAUAUAAAAACUACGGCUUCUGAAGUUAGUUUAAAUGGAAGUGUACAGUGGUGGCUUAUACAUUAUCGAGGUGAAAUAGUUGUAAAAUGUUAAGCCAUUUUUGAUGUAACCCAUUUGUUUAUUCAUUUGAUUAAAUUAUCCACGAAAACUAAAUAAAUGGAUGCUGGAA